AUUUAAAACAUGACCAUGUUAGACUAGAACUGAACGGAGAACGGUUUUCGGGUGCAGGCAGCUGUUUGAGGAUCUGCAUGGAUCUAAGCUAGUCUGCUGUACACUCUGAAAACUUUGAGGCUUCUUGGUUUAUAUUGGCGUUCUGCCUUACCUAAUUUAGUUUAAUUUGUAAAUAAGAAACCAAAGUUUUAUUUUACACGCGAUACGGUUUGAGCAGCAGGUUGCACGCUUAUUCGCCUAUUGAAUGUCACCCUUCUUCCCGGUGUAUGUGCGGUAAUAACAUGUCCGCGCCGCUUCCCGCCAUUGUACCGGCCGCGCGCAAAGCUACAGCGGCGGUAAUCUUCCUUCAUGGCUUGGGAGAUACAGGGCAUGGCUGGGCUGAAGCUAUGGCUGGGAUCAAGACCACUUAUGUAAAGUACAUUUGCCCCCAUGCACCAGUCACGCCAGUUACUCUUAACAUGAACAUGGCGAUGCCUUCCUGGUUUGAUAUAAUUGGGUUGGGUCCAGAUGCAGAGGAGGAUGAGACUGGGAUUAAAAAAGCUUCAGAAAGCAUCAAAGCUUUGAUUGAUCAGGAGGUAAAGAAUGGAAUUCCAUCUCAUCGCAUUGUAUUAGGUGGCUUUUCUCAGGGUGGUGCACUAUCUCUUUAUACAGCUCUAAAAACUCAUCAGAAACUUGCAGGUGUUGUUGCUCUGAGCUGCUGGCUUCCUCUCAGGAACUCUUUCUCAAAGUCAGUGAUUGGCACUAAUAAGGAUAUAUCAGUGCUACAGUGUCACGGUGAGGCAGACCCACUGGUUCCAUUGAUAUUUGGGCGUCUUACAGUGGAGAAACUCAAGACCAUGCUAAAGCCUAACAGCAUCACUUUCAAAACAUAUCCCGGGAUGGCCCACAGUGCCUGCCCAGAGGAAAUGAUGGAUAUAAAACAGUUCAUUGAGAAGCAGUUGCCUCCAAUCGACUAAUCAAUAAAGCCUUAAUGAUCCUUUACACUGAUCAGUGAGCACAAGCUCUCUUCAGCUGCUGUCUCUUCACCCGAACUGACUGAACUCACAACAAAAAAGCUAAAUUCAAAUCCUGGGCUAAACCAAAUACCUAGCUUCGUACUAAGCCUACCCGAAACCAGACUAAAGUCAUUCUCAGCUCAUGUUUUGAUGUACCCAUAAUUUACAAAUUCUGUUGUUGUUCUUGAUUAAAUAUGUUAUCUUAUUAAUUAGCCAGUUAACUGCCUCUUUCGGAUUUGCUAUUUGUUUGCUAAGGGAAGGAAAAGAUGAGUAACCUAACAUCAGGGGUGUAAUUAUUUGCCUCAUUGUAAGCUCAGAAUUACAAACACAGCUAGAAAAAAAAAAUCUUAAAUUAAAAAAAUAGUUACUUUUGACCUAGUGUUGAUAUGUCAUAGGACAGAUCAACUGUCAGAAAACUAAUAUAUAAUUAGUUGUUGAACUCUUGGACUCUAACUUGAAAUAGUUUAAUGAAAUAAGCCAUGUGAAUAUAAGAGAGUUUGGUUGACAACAAAAGGAUACCUGAUAAUAAAAUGAUACACAAUAAAAGAUAUAAAUGA